GCUCGUGGAGUCUGCGCGGUUCGUGUAGGCACGACUCGCCGCAGCCGCGCUCAGCCGUCAGUCCACACGCGACGCUCCACGAUGCCCACCGGAGGUGCUCUGCAGCGACUGGCGGAGGCGCUGCCUCUGGUACUUCUGCUGCUGAUGGUUCCGGCCGGCUCCUUCGCUGCACAAGCCACUCCUCAGGAGUCUCAGCUGGUGGUGGAGCGGUGCGAGGCGCAGCUUCGGCAGUGCGAGCGCAGCCGGGCGCAGGGCGGCGGCUCCGUCUGCGGCUCCGACAACAACACCUACCACACGCUCUGCCUGCUCGAGCAGGCCGCCUGCAAGGGCGACAACGUCACGCUGCUGCACCGCGGGCGCUGCAAGCACGCGCGGCUGUGCUGGAGCGACCGCGAGUUCGCGCUGGGGCUGUCGCGCGCGCCGCAGACGCCGGCGCCAUUCGUGCCCCGGUGCGAGCCGGACGGGACGUACGCGCGCGUGCAGUGCCACGACGCCACCGGCUACUGCUGGUGCGUGACGCCGGCCGGCCGCCUGCUGCCCGGCACCACGCAGCCCAAGGAGCGGCCGCCGCGCUGCGACGGCGGACACGGGAAACGGGCAACUAGAACGCCACCUCCGAAGAAAGGCUGCGCUCACAAUGACCGGUCCAAGUUCAGCCACAACUUGAUCAAGAACUUCCGUAUUGAGUACAACCGUCUGCCCCAGUCGUCGCCAACUGCCACCAAAGCCGAGGUGCUGGACUGGAAGUUCUCGACGCUGGACGGAGACGGUGACGCGCUGCUGUCGCGCGAGGAGAGCGCCUCCCUGCGGCGCCUGAUUCGGGGCUCGGUGCGGCCGCGCCGCUGCGCCAAGCAGUUUGCCCGCCUUUGCGACAGGGACCGCGACGGCCGCAUCUCGCGCAACGAGUGGCACGCCUGCAUAGACCUCGACGUCAGCCUGUUUUUCCGUGUUUUAUCAUCGCUGUCUUCUGAAGAAAAUACCGUGGAGGGUAGAAGAGUAAGGGUGGUACACGAAGUUCUGUUCGUUGAUCCCCCUUCCCCUGACAUUGUGGUGGAUCCACUUAACAGAAGGAACAGCCAACCAGAGGCUAAUGAUUGUCUGUCUGACAGGCGGUCAGUAUUGGAAGAACAGAAAGCUGGCAGUGAUAAACUGUAUGUGCCAGAGUGCACUCCUGAUGGGCGCUUUCAGAAAAUACAAUGCUACAAUUCAACAGGUUAUUGUUGGUGUGUUCAUGAAGACAGCGGCAAGCCAAUACCAGGAACACCUGUGAAAGAUCAGAUACCAAAAUGCGAUGCAGUUCCUGCUCCAAGAAGGCCAAUGAAUGGUUGUUCUGAGCCCCGUAAGCAGUUGUUCCUUAAAGAGCUUAUGGACAUGAUGUCAAAGAAAAUGAUAUCUGCAAGGAACAGGACCAGUCAGGAAAGCCAAUCUCGACCCUUGCUACCAUCAUCACCAGAAGAGGAAAUUGCCGUGUGGAAUUUCAACGCACUUGAUAAGAAUAAAAGCAAGGUCCUAGAGAGAAAGGAGUGGAAACACUUCCGAACAAUGGUAACUGCCAACAAGCUGUUGCGGAAAUGUGGUAAAAGAUUUCCACGAUACUGCGACAUCAAUCUUGAUAGGAAAAUCAGUCUGACAGAGUGGCUUAACUGUUUAAGCAGCAGUGAAGAAAGCAUUUCAAGGACUUCGCAGACAUCAAGUUUCAGAAGAGUAAAAGGAGAAAACCCUUUACAGAUGUUACUUAAGCAAGAAUAAUGACCAUUAGUGAGAAAAAGGAAAUUGCUAAUAUUGUGUUUAAAAUCUGAUGCUAACCUGAUUAUUCGGUUCAUCAGGCGUCAGCAUCAUUUACUAGAGCAGAGAGAUGCUCAUCAAUAUGAAAAGACUAAGAACUGCGCAGGAAACACUCAAAAAUUGCUGCAACAGUUUGGUGCUCUGACUGUGCAACAGAGACUUGGAGCUCUCUUGCCAUAUUCCAUGAUAUUUUUUUUUUUUAUAAUGUGUGUACAUAAGACUGUUUAAUGUGAAGAUUUGAAGAGUGGAUGAAAGAAACUCAGGAUGCCUGUUUUUUAGCAGUGUAUUAAAGUGAGAUGUUGAUUAUUUAUUUUCUAUGCAUUCAGUCUAAUAUAGACUUAUACUUAUGAAAUAUGAACAAUGCUGUGAUUCUUUGUUUAACAGCAAUUAUUUAUAAUAGCUAAAUUUCUUUCUUCCAUUGUGUACAUUAGCUCAUCAGAUUCUGACAUACACUUUCAACAUUUGUAAGUGUAAUGAAGUAUGUAUUACAUCUGGUGUCUUUAAGUAUAAUUAUGUCCACUCUGUGAAAGAUUAGAUCUCAUUUCUGUAUUUUUUCUCCUAUUUCCUUCAGAUUCACAAUGAACCACACAAAUAUGAUCAGCUUUAAUAUUUUAAGAUGUAAAUGUGAUGUAAUAUGCAAAAGUUUUAACAUAUUGUGACAGUUAAGAUGAUUAUGAAGUCAUUCAUGUAAAAGUGACAAAAACAUUAUCUGUCCCUACAUUUUAGAUGUAAAUAAAUAAAAACUUUUUGAUAUUUUUAAA